AACUCUAUACACACCUAUCACUCAGCUUGAUUUAACCCCUCUCUCUCUCACAUAUGAGAUCCCAGAGUUCUGUCUGCUUUGUUCUGACAAGGAAAACUGGAAUGCACACAAAUCACAUGAAGGACACAAACAACAACUUUAACAACUCCCUCCUUUGCGCCCAAAAGGAGAAGCUUAUUAAGGCGAUUAAAAAAAUUAAACAUGAAAUUGAUGAAUGUUAUGAAGCUGAGAAAGACGCCUUUGUGGACGCACUGGAGGUUGAGACCAGAUUUGAAGAGAUAGAGCAUGAAAUCCGAGCAGAGUUCCAAAACCUCCAUCGAUUCUUAGAUGAGGAGGAGGAGACGGACCUGGAACGACUGAAGAAGGAAAGGGACAGACGAAUAAAGAUCUUAAAAGACAGAGAGAAAAAGAUUGCCAUGCAGGGUAGAGAUCUAGAGAGAGCCAUCGAGACACUGAAUUGCAAACUGCGAGAAGAUGACAGUCCCAAACUUCUGAAGGAAAUCAAAGAGCUUCUGAAAAGAUGUGAGGUGAAUUUCAUUCGCCCUGCCCCAAUAGACACCGAAAUCCUCUCUGGUCAGUUUGUGGGACCCAUUCAGUACCGGAUCUGGAAACACAUGAAAACAUCCCUCUACCCAAACAUAUCCACGUUGACUUUUGACCCUGAAACGGCACAUCCCCUCUUGACCUUAUCUGCUGAGAGGACAUCAGUUACUUUCAAUGAGGACAAUGUGCUGCCUAAGGAGAACCCAGAUGAGAGGAACCCGAAGCGUUUCCACUACUACUACUGCGUGAUGGGCUCAGAGGGCUUCACUCAUGGCCGUCAUUACUGGGAGGUGGAGGUGAAGGGCAAGUCCGCCUGGCGAGUGGGUGUGGCCAGAGCGGAUGUGCAUCGUGGGGAGAUGGACUCUUCCUCCACAUUAAAUGGACUGUGGACGCUGUCCCUGAGAAAUGGCUCGAUCAUGGCCUGCACCCACCCAAAGCCCACACAGGUGCUCUCAUACGCCCUCCCCAUCCGCAUCGGCAUCUUCCUGGACUGUGAUAAUGAGGAGGUGUCUUUCUACAACGCUGUCACCAUGACACCACUCUUCUCCUUCUACAUGGGGACUGUUCUAGUGCCGCUCUAUCCAUUCUACAACCCAUGUGACGAUGAUGAUGGAAAGAACUGCGCUCCUCUUUCCAUCUUCCAUCCAUCACUCUGAGGGAUUGACAUAGGAAAUAGAUGUUUGGUUUUCCCACCUACUGCUGACACAGUUUGAAAUACUGAAGCAGCUUGUAUACCUAUAAAGCUAUAGAGCAGUUUUUGCUGUGUAGUUGUGUUUGGAUUAACUGUUUAAGUAACAAUAAAUAGUGUCUGUAUCUGAAAUCGCCCCCCCAUACACCCUCAUUCACUAUUCCCUACAUUACUCUACUAAUAUAGUCCACUUAGUGAAUGAAAAUGAGUGAAUUUGGACUCUGAAUGCAAUAAUCUUCUGGCAAGACACAAGAAUUAAUUUGGCGCGAUGCUCACAGUGCAUGAAUAUUCUGUUGCAGCUAGCCACUGAGUGUACCUCGGUUGUACACUUGUUAUUGAGGUGCAUUAUGGGAUUGAAUGAUUGCACUUGUUAAUUCUGUCAUUAUUUACUUGUUCCAAAACGGUAUGCAAAUAUGGUUUGGCAUCAUGAUGUUGAUUAUGAGACUCUCGAAAACCAAUAAACUUUGAUUUUAUUGACGUCCAGCCUGCAUCAUAGGCACUUUAUUUGGUUUGAGAGCCACAAACAUAUGGACAACAUUUAUAGGGCUUUUUUUUUUUUUUUAGCUUGACAAGCUGUUGUCACAAUGAACUACUAUAUCAAUGUAUUACAACUAUACAAGCAUCUAAUCUCAGAAGCUAACCAGGGUUUGACUUGGUUAGAACUUAGUACUUGAAUUGGAGACUUCCUGGGAAUAUCCAAUUAUCUUUGGGUGGCUCAGUGGGAAGCACUGUUUUCUCACAGUAAUAGAGUCCCGGGUUCAAGUCCCAGCUGAACCAGGAGGCCUUUCUGUGUGGCGUUUGCAUGAUCUUCUUGUCUUGCUGUGGCUUUCCUCUGUGUAACCUGGGUUUCCCUCAAAGACAUACAGUAGGCCUCAUAGGAGACAGUAAAAUGCACAUUUUGCAUGGCACCUAACUUUUUCUGAAGCAGUUUAUUUUUGCUACAGAAGAAGCGAUAUUGCAAUUUACAGGGCAUUGAAGGUACUAUAACUUGUGCAUUUUGCCUUUACUCACCCAAACAUGUCAACAAGACUACUUGGUUGGUAGCAGGUAGUUGCUGAAUCGCAGGUGUUUUAUAUACUAGAUAAGGACAUGGCUGCAGUAGGUGAUGAGGCCAAUGAUGUCCAGUGCAAGUAGGCUUUGAUUUUACUCAACAUUAUUUUAAUAAUUUGUGAUGUUGAAGAGCAUUUUUUUGAAGGAUAUUGGUUUACUUAUGGCCUUUUUGAGCACUUGAACUUAACUGAGACUUGAGUGUUUGUAGACGUUCAAGAGGCUGUUGUGUCUUUGAUUUAUUGCAGUAUUGAGGUGUUUUAUUUUAAUUUUAGAAAAUAAACAUGUGAUUUCCCUCCUCACAAAUCAGCUGUUUCUUGUUUUUCACUGGCAUCUCUCUUAGGUGUUGUGGACUAGUGCAUCUUUGAGCUUAAAUUCAGUACGAAUAAAAAACUUAAGUGCCGAGUCUUUUACUCAAGUUGUACUGGAAUUGGUGACUUUUAACUUGUAAUUGAGUCAUUUUCGCUGUAAGGUAUAUCUAGUUUUUCUCAAGUAUGGUUGGAAUGGCCAGGGUGUUUCCCUACCUUUGGCCCAGGAUGCUGAGUAUACUCCAGUAUCCCUAUGACCCUACAUAGGACAAUCGGUUUGAAGAAGUUUGGAAUUUCAUUAGGGUGAAUAAUGACAGAAUUUUUUAUUUUUAUGUGAUGUUGAUUUAUUUGUAUACACUUUAUUAAUAAAAUAUGUGUAAUUUAUCAUGCAAACUGCAUGCAACUCAUUAUUUGUGCAUGCAUUAAUGAAUGUUCUGGCACAAUAAAAUGGAAAGCAAUGAAAAAAUAAUAAAAAAGGAAUUAUA